AUGCAAGCAUUACUCGCAGAUAGCGGCUUGGACCGUUUUAUUGACGGUAAAAACGACAACCGGGCGAUUCGAAAAAUCCAUGAGCGACUGUACCAGGACUUUUUUUCGCGUGCCACCAGACUCCAACGCCUAAUUCGCGAAGCGCAGCUUGCGCGAGAACAGCAGUUUCUGGAAAAACAGAUAUCCUUGCACAACUUAUUCGCGGUUCCGAGUCCGAGCAACAUGUCAGCGCCAGGAGGCACAGUGGGAUUGAACCAGUUGCAUCCGGGAACCGGCACAGCCGGUGGCUCCUUUUUGCAGACGAGUCUGCAAUUGAUGUUUCCAGGCAGUGGCGCGCCGUCACCGACUCGGGCGAUGGCUGGCGGGCACCCAAUAAACUCGAUGCUCCCCAUGUCACCCACAAAUGCAAACAGCAAGAUGAUGAGCAUGAGCCAAC